GGGUACUAGCUAGGACCAUAUUUGGCGAAUCUUCAAAGCUCUUGGUGAAACGAUAAAGAGGAUCUAAAAGUCAAGAUACAAAUUGACAUGGACAAAAAUUUUGCAUGGGGAAUCGAAUAGGAAAAGUUUAGUUAUUUUUGCGAGAACAUGUCAACAACACCUCUAAGAAUCGUCCUUGGAAAGACUGUUUUGGUAAGAAUGGAAAGCCUAGCAGGGACAGGGCACAAGAUAAACAGACUUCGACCAAAACAAUUCAUCGGAGGAAAAUUUGAAGUACUAAGCCAUGACCCAUUUGUUCAAGAAACAGUUUUAUACAGAGAAAUAAAGAAAAUCAAGACUAUUCGGAAGCUACCAGGGAUGCAUACAAAAAAAUGAAAAUAGACUGCAAAAAUAAACAGUUCAAUAAUUGAUAGUUGAUACCCUGACACUGGUUCUCUGUCUGUAAAAGGAGAACAUAAUUCUUUGCAGAGUGUUUUUGUUGAAAGGAAUAAAUGAUUUUUCCACUGCUGUAGUAUUAAAGCAGUUUA